AUGUCUAAAUUUGUCAUCCCAACAGCAUUAAAAGAAUUAAGAUUCCACCUAUCACAAACAGGUGAAGCGUCAAUACCAUUGCGUAAAUUUCUCACUACAAACUACUCAACCUUGAAGCAACAAACUGAAUAUAAAUUACCAAUAUUAAUUAGGGAAAGUUACGGUAUACCUCCAAGUUUAACAGCUAGGUUUGAAAGGGGUGAAGAAGUCAGAAAGAAUUUGGAAGGGUUGAAUGAAGGACAAGUGGCUGAGGCUUUGAAUGAAGUGUUGAAAAGAUGA